AUGCAAACUCUUGAUGAAGUGGACCUCUGUUUCCCACAACUCCUCAACACCUCCUGCAGGAAGACGGCAUUGUCUCCGUCUGUGUCUUUGAUCACUUACAUCAUGCUAACGUUCAUCGGUCUGCUCACUGUGAUGCUCAACCUGCUCGUCAUUGUCUCCAUCUCUCACUUCAGGAAGCUCCACACCCCCACCAAUAUCCUCCUCCUUUCUCUGGGUAUCUCAGAUUUCCUCGUGGGCUUCCUUAUUUUCAUUCAAACCUCGGCGAUAGACAGCUGCUGGUUCCUUGGUGACUUCAUGUGUCUCCUGUAUUACGUGCUGAUGUACAUCAUAGCCUCUUCCUCGAUAGGAACCAUGGUCCUCAUAUCAGUCGAUCGCUAUGUGGCUAUUUGUGACCCAAUGCAUUACCAAACCAAAGUCACUGAAAAAAGAGUGAAAAUGUGUGUUUGUGCUUGUUGGGGGGGUUCGACCCUCUGUCACUGUGUGCUGCUGAGGCACAACCUGAAACACCCGGGCAGCCUGAAUUCCUGCAUCGGAGAGUGUGUCAUUCUAAUCAAUAACAUCUCUUCAGUCAUAGACAUGACUGUGUCCUUUAUUGGUCCUGUCAUUGUCGUUGUCGUCCUGUAUCUCAGAGUCUUUGUGGCGGUCAUCAUUCAGGUCCGUGCCAUGCGAGUGCGCACGGCAGACGGUCCUCAACAGAGCUUGGUAAAAGUAAAGAAAUCAGAAUUGAAAGCGGCUCGGACUCUCGGCGUUGUUAUUGUUGUGUUUUUAUUAUGUGUCUGCCCGUUUUUUAGCGGUACAGUGACAGGUGUGGAUACCCUGCUCAGUGCAUCCAGUAAUGCAUUUCUUUUACUUCUGGUCUACUUUAACUCCUGUUUAAACCCACUGAUAUAUGCCUUUUUCUAUCCCUGGUUUAGAAAAUCUAUCAAACUCAUUUUUACACUUCAAAUACUGAAGCCUGGCUCAUCUGAUUUCAAAUUAAUGUAAAGAGAACAGAACUGAUGAGUAGUUUUUAAUAAUGUUGGGAUCCUACACAUCAAUAGAGAAACCCAGUGAACAGAGUAAUGUCUCGAGAUAAAUUAACCUUAAACUGUCUGCUUAGGUGGACUUUAGAAUCUCAUAUGCUUGACCCUGUUUGGAAGUGUGCAUAUAGUGCUGCAUGAAAUAUCCCAGCCACAACACCCAUGAAAAAUCUGAAAACCUUAUGUCCCUUAUUGAGUAUCAUGCAUAAUAUAUGUCACAUAUUGUGUCCAGAAUAUGUUAUGAAUAUUGCACAAGUCAAUUCCCAGAUGUCUUCUGUUGUUAAAUGUCAAUUAUCCCAUGUCAUUUGUACUUUUAUCACUGCACUUUAGCUUUUUUAAGAGUAUAUACAGACUCUUUGUGACUGAGCUGUGAUUUAACAAGUGACAGUUGUUUUUUGUUCUGCCUUUGUUUCUCUGAUCAACAACAGUUGUUCUCAAACAAUUAGAACUGAGACUCACAUUCAUCCAUGAAUGUAUGACCCAAACUGUUUAAACUCAUGUUAAUUUCACAAAUACCUUCAUGCAAGAGCUGAGUGAUGUGGCCCUAAAUUCAUAUCCUGUUUUAUGUAGGUCGAGAAGCAAUAUACGGUAUUUUAUACGAAAUGUGCUUAAA